AUGUCUUUCGACCUUGCUGAAAGCUUGUACCGCUUGGAAAUCACCUCCUCAGGCCAGGAACGCUCCGAGGACAAUGAGUAUUCAAGCGAGGCCUGGCCGACUGGAGCUGCGAGGAGAAAACCCAACCACACUGUCGAGUAUCGGUACCCAGAACUCUCACUCAUACCACAUAUGCAUGAGUUGUACCUUUCACCACCACCAGCCGCGGAAUUCCGCCAACAUCCUGGACACAAUGCAAGUGGUGUCGGCCCAUUGAACGCGACCCUCAUGACUGUCAGUUCUGCGGCCAACAAGCCAUCUGAUUUGCUUGUUCCCGCAGACGACGACUUCGUGAUGAAGAGUUCCUCAGUGCAGAGGCUCGCCGAAGCCAUGCAAGAUCUCCUUAGCGCACCUGGCAGAACACAGCUGUCCUUCGUCACAUCUCGACUCAAUUAUGGGCCGGUACAAGUGCGUAUCAAGCUGGCGACGAUGUUCAAUGAUGGCCGGAAGCGGAAUUUGUUCUUCUGCAUAUAUCAAGAAGACUGGAACACACUGGGCAUCGGAUAUGCGUGGGUCAAGAUUAUGCUUGAUCUGCGGCUGCGUCCAAGCGACAUUGCCUGUCACCACGUCCGCAGCCAGCUGCUUCGCCAAGGUCAGCAGCAUCUAGCCGACCAAGACGCGAGUGAUGCUGGUUGGGGGAACAAGAUCGACUACACUGCCAUUGACUUUUUCUUCGAGAAAGUCAGAAUCAUUGCCGCGAAUGUUGUCAAGGGCAAGGAGGUCAACAAGAAGAUGGUCAAAGCUCGCAAAGGCAGGGCUCAAGUGAUGUUGCCAUGUGGCCACACGGUCAUACUCGAAGACGGUGUCAGCAAGAUCGACCAUUCAUUCUGUCUCAGAUACAAAUGCUCAAUAUGCCGCAUGCCUGUGAUCAACGAGGAAGACAACACACAACUCGAGAAGAGUUGGAAAGAGCUCGACCAUGAGCCGGAUGCGCUGCUCUAUCGUACUAUCACUGCCAGUGCCAUCUCCAAGUUAUUCGACACCGUCGUGAGCUUCGUGCCAACGUCUAGCCUUCGUAGACCUGCACUGCCCCAUGAGGUGACUUACGAGGAGACCGAUUCCAUCAAGGAAGCGCUCGAGAUUGAUCUGAGCCAACACAAUCACAUGGGAGCGACGCCAAAGACUCUCGAACUCAAACUUCGCGAGUUCGUGCAGUGUGAGCUGAUGAGAGAUACCCCAGCCGACGGCAACAUAGAUCAUAACGGCAAUCCACUACUUCCGCCAGGGUGGCUCAACUUCAUGGAGAAGGUGCUAAGACAAACCGCGAACUUCGUGUUCGAGCGCGAGUGUGACGAAACCGACGAGGAGCACAUGGGUACGCACGAGCACGGCCCGGACAUGUUCGUGAACCAAACAUUCGAGGUUGGGUGUCCAGAUUUCGACAACGAGCCCGAGGAGGUAAUGUCUGACGGCGACAACGAUGACGAGGGCAGAGAGCUUAAGGAGCAGAGCGACGACGAUGGACCGGAUAACUGGACUGGAAAUACAUAUCCGCGCGGUGCAGGCUUCAGACGAGCAACGGCAUAG